GGCAACGUGAGAGAUUUUUACUGGGAUGCAACAUGGCGGAUGACUUUUUGGAGUUUCAACCUGGGAAUAUUUCAAUGUUUUUCAAUUCUCACCUCGUCUAAUCGUCAAUUGCAUACCUUUCAUGACGCCAUAAGUAUCAUAAAGGGUUAUUUUUCGAAGAUGAGCGUCUCAACGGCAGUAAAACCGAGUGAAUCACCGCACGUAUCUCCCGGGGAAAAUUCGUCGCGGUCUUCCCGUGCGAAAAACAAACUUGCAAAGACUCCUAGUUCGCCAUGUGUCUUGCCAAUUCUUGAAGGUGGAAAACCACAGACGGAUGAAAUAAGACGUGAACUAAUGGAUUCCAGCGGAAGAAGUGACAUUUUGGACCGAGAUAAGACUUUUUUAACUGGAAUGAAUGACUUUAUACCUGAGGAUAUUUUGAACAGUUUGACGCAGCAUCCUGUUCCACCUUCGCGUGAACAGUUAGGGCCUUCAUCAAAACACAAAAAACUGAAACCUUUAGAGAUUACUCCACCUGCUCGUAGAAGACCAGCUAAUGUUUGGAAUUUUCCCAGAGGAAGAGAAAAGCUCAAACAUCUUGCAGAACAGCCACCUUGUGUUUGUGGAGCAGGGAGGGAUAUUUCAUUCUUAUAUGAUGCAACUGUCCCAGACAAGAGAGUCUUAGACUCAGCUGGAAAACAGCUGGUUAUGUCAGGGCCUGAUGGAAUAAAGAUGUCCCCUGGAGACAAGUAUUUAGAGCGUGCUGAAAAAAGCAGAGAAAGUGAGAAGGAUGCAAUGGAAGUGAGAUCUCAAAUUCCCAACAGCCUCAUUCCCUCAGAGUAUCAUAUAGUCAAGAAUCCUGGUGUCAUGGGAUUAGAGUUUCAAGAAGAUAAGUAUACCACAUAUGUUCAUGGCCAUGAGGAUCAUCUCACUGUUUUCCCUUCAAUGAAACCAACAGGGAGACAAGAAGUGCUUAAACUAAAGCAUGCUAUGGAUUCUAUGUUGGCACGUGCUGGUGUUGAUGACGAGGGCAGAGAAUUGUCAGGCCCAACUCAGAUUCACAACCUUCUUGAGCUGGUUAAAAAGGAGCAAAACAUAUACAACGUAGCAUUUAAUGAAAUAAUUCGUCAAGUAACAGUUGAAUGUGCAGAGAGGGGAGAACUGUUAGCGAACUUGAGAAAGCGCUAUGCAGAUCUCUUAGAUCGCAUUCCCAGACAAGUGAAAAGUCUUCACCAGGAAGUUAUUGCUCAGAGGGCUUUAGACAGGAGACUAACGGAAGAACUUGUGCGAUUUAAAGCAUCUAUAAGUUCUCUAACCAGUGAACUUGCUUCAGUCAAGGCUCAUGAUCGAGAAGUUACCCAACAGGCCAAAUAUGCCCAAGAAGAGCUGCACGAGGCACUGGAAGAAUCCGAUAAGAACGCUAGCUUGAUUUCAGAAUACCACGACUUGUACGAGCUACAAAGAAAGAGACUUGAGGACCUCGUUGGCAAAUUAACUGAAGAACGUGAUUUGUGGAGCAGUGCAGCCUAUACCCUUUCCCUAAAGGUCACAGACAAACAUUCGUUAAACACUGCUAAGAAAUUACACCUUUGUGAAAAAGCCUGGGCCAAGUUGAGCCGACACUUUGCAAUAUUCCUGAGUGAAAAGGACAGUAUACAGCUGGAGACCUUGACUCAUCAUGUUCAGAAGUGGAAAGAGCUCUCCGAUAAGUUUAACAAAAAACUCGUUUCCUCUGAAGAAGAAAUGAAAAUCAGGCUUGAAAGACUGAUAGGUCAACUUCAUAGAUGGAAGAAGGAGUUUCUCAAAAUUGUCAAUUAUGAUAAUGGCAGUGUGCGUCCCCCUGACGAGCAGUUUAUCAAGAAUUUAUCCGAGGAUUUGAAAUCAUGGGAGGAGACAUUGAACCAAGAGGCAGAGCAUUUCACAGGGGAGACACUCCUAUCACGUGAAGACGAACUGUACCAGAUGAACAGGGAGGUGGAUGGAUGGACUGAUGUGGCGCUUAAGGUAUUCAGCCGCCACGAAGCUGACGAUGGAACAAGAUGGCUGCAACACGAAGUGAUGUCCCAGUUGAACCAAGAAGUAGAUCGCUUACAUCAGCAGUAUCACGUAAGAAUUAUCGGAGAAAACGGAGUGGCCAAAGGGAUUAUUGAUCUGGUGAAUCCAAUCGAAACAUGGGGAAACAAACUUAAUACUGUCCUAAAUGGAGGUGACAUGCUGCUCGAUGCGGACUGGAUACGACUUUCGGAUCAGGUACGCGAAGAAUGGGCUGAUCACCUCACUGAAACGCUUGCUCUGAUUGGCUCAACGCAGAAGGAAGGUGCUCGGUUGAGCGGAGAGGAGGAAAAUCCAGUGAACGUGGAAGAAGUUUUUAAAAACACUGUUAAAUGGCUGUCAGCGACAACAAAUGGGAUUGACAACGAGGAUGCCAAAGUUGUUGAAAGAGUUACACAACUUCACAGCGCUAUGAUUCGCUGGAUGAUCACAGUUCUCCUUCGCCUGACCCCAGACAUGGAGGACAAAGAACUGGAAGAGAUUAACAAAGAGACAGAUGAUCAAGAGGUGGAUGCCUCUCUAGGAGGUGGAGAAAUCCUGCUUCAAGCCAUUCCUGAGGAAAUAUGCAGUCGGGCGCAGAGGCUGUUUGAAGAACUGAGAAAGUUUUCUGGUCUUUUGGCAAAAUGCUGCUCUGAUCUGGUGAUUGAUUUGAUGCAGGAAAAGCGCGAUCAAGGUGAUGAACACGCAGAUAUGGACUUUAAGGAUCUUAAGCGGCUGAGUGUGGAAUGUGAAGGUUGGAUACGAACUGCUCGGUUGCUCAUCCAGGAUGUUAUGGGAGAGGACUUUGUCUUUGAAGAUGUUUCUGCGAACACGAAGAGAGGGGCUGAUAGAGCGGUGUCAACGGAUUCUAAAGUCACUGAAACUGAGGCUGAAGAUAGCGAUACUAAGCAAAUUGAAAAAGUGGAGGAAGCAGAGCCAGUGAAAGAAGCAGAAAAACAAGACGCUGACAAACUUGGAGCUGUUCUUGAAGUUCAGGAGGACUCAGCGAAAGAACAAGCACCCGUGGAAACUACUGACACAUCUGAUGUUACUGGACCUGCUGUAGACACCAGCGAGGAAACAAAAGGGGAUGAGUCUGGGAAAGGGCCUGAUGAAGCUCUUCUUGUCGAAGGGCCAGACCAAGAACAGGACGCAUCCCGGAUGCACGUGCUUGGACAUGAUGAUAAUAUAAGAACCAAGUCCCUCGAGGAGCUUCCUCCAGACCAGGAGGUAGAACUGCUGACUGUUCCUGAAGGCGAAGGUCAAUUGCCUGCUCGCUCUCCGUCACCAGAUACUAAGAAGGCUCUGGAAGCCCUCGCUGCUGUAGAAAGACUUCAAGCACAGCUACUGGAAACAGAAGAGAGAGCCCAAGCGGCCGAAGAGCGAGCUAUCCAAGCUGAAACUGACCUGAAACAAGCUCUAGAAAAAAUCCGAGCCCUUGAACGGUCAGCGUCCCGCGCAAGUGCGACAUCGGCAGGGGAAUCUCAGACACCUGCGGACAGACCGGUCAGCACUAGCAUGUCAAAGCGACCCACCUCUCAAGCCUCCACUGCGCAGGCGCAGACGCCUCAGCCUCCACGAACAGCUUCCCAGCAAUCCACAAGGCCCUCAACUCGGGCAUCAACAAAGAAAAAAUAAUUUGUUAUGUAAAAAGUUGCGAUGUAAUAUUAUCAAGGAGUAAGUGACAGAAGAUUCAACAAUACUCAACCUUUGUAAAUACACAACAGUGAAAAAAAGAAGUCCCUCAGAUUUUGAAAGACUUCUAGGUUUUAAAUAGGUAUUGUAUUUAUUUUUAUAUCAGUCAAACAAACUCCGCGCAUAAUUUAUUUUGACUAUGAUUUGCGUUGAUCAAGUUUAGCGACCUCUUUUUCAUCGGUAACUCUUUCCGUACAUGUAUAUAUGGAAACCCUUCCAUUGCUACCAAACAACAAAAAAGAACCAGAAGUCAUAAA